GCCACUGAGCGCCGGCUCGCGGCGCCGAGGGCCGCACCAUGGCCCUGGAGCAGGCUCUGCAGGCGGCACGGCGGGGCGACCUGGGCGUGCUGAGAUCCCUGCACGCCGCCGGCCUGCUGGGGCCUUCUCUGCGGGACCCGCUGGACGCCCUGCCGGUGCACCACGCGGCCCGCUCUGGCAAGCUGCACUGUCUGCGCUACCUGGUGGAGGAGGCUGCCCUCCCGGCCGCGGCCCGUGCGCGCAACGGCGCCACACCCGCGCACGACGCCGCCGCCACAGGGUACCUCUCCUGCUUGCAGUGGCUGCUCACGCAGGGCGGUUGCCGAGUGCAGGAAAAAGAUAAUUCUGGUGCCACAGUCCUGCAUCUAGCUGCCCGCUUUGGCCACCCAGACAUAGUGAACUGGCUGCUGCUGCAUGGUGGUGCAAAUUCUGCCAUCACCACAGAAACCGGUGCCCUGCCUCUCCACUACGCUGCCGCCAAAGGAGACCUUCCCUCCGUGAAGCUUCUUGUUGAAUAUCACCCUGAGGGAGUGAAUGCCCAAACCAACAACGGUGCCACGCCCCUGUACCUGGCGUGCCAGGAGGGCCACCUGGAGGUGACGAAGUACCUUGUGCAGGAGUGCAACGCAGAUCCUCACGUGCGCGCCCAAGACGGCAUGACCCCACUGCACGCCGCGGCGCAGAUGGGCCAUAACCCAGUGCUCGUGUGGCUGGUGAGCUCUGCGGGCCUGAGCUUAUCGGAGCAGGACCAAGACGGCGCCACGGCCAUGCACUUUGCUGCCAGUCGCGGCCACUCCAAAGUGCUCAGCUGGCUCCUGCUGCACGGCGCAGAGAUCUCGCAGGACCUGUGGGGCGGGACCCCCCUGCAUGACGCCGCUGAGAACGGAGAACUCGAGUGCUGCCAGAUCCUCGUGGUGAACGGCGCGGGGCUGGAUGUCCGCGACCAUGAUGGGUACACGGCUGCCGACCUGUCUGAUUUCAAUGGCCACUUGCAGUGCUCCCGCUACCUACGGACCGUGGAGACCCUGAGCGUGGAGCACCGAGUCCUGUCCCGGGACCCAUCCAUAGACCUGGAGGCAAAGCAGCCUGACUCGGGCAUGUCCUCACCCAACACCACCAUGUCGGUCCAGCCACUGAACUUUGACCUUGGCUCACCCACAAGCACCCUCUCCAACUAUGACUCCUGCUCUUCCAGCCAUUCCAGCAUCAAGGGUCAGUGCACUACUCGAGGGCUCCCGGGUGCAAGAGCUGCAGACUUACAGAGCUACAUGGAUAUGCUGAACCCAGAGCUGAGCUUGCCUCAGGGCAAGACAGGGAAGCUGACACCACAACUGCCUUCUCCACCACCGCCGCCAAGCUUCCCUCCGCCACCGCCACCCCCAGGCACCCAGCUGCCUCCACCUCCACCAGGCUACCCAGCCCCCAGCCCCCCUGUGAGGCUGCAGGCAGAAAACAUCUACAUGCAGACCAAGAACAAGCUCCGCCACGUGGAGGUGGACUCCCUCAAGAAGGAGCCGAGCUCCCGCGACGGCCACUCGGGGCUGCUCAGGCAGGACCCGGGGCUGCGCAGGUACAACACUGGACUGCGCAGGCAGGACUCCAGCCGCAAACCGCGCUUGUUCAGCAAACAGCCCAGCACGGGGGACUACUACGGCCAGCUGGGCCGCUGCCCGGGGGAGCCGCUGGCCGCACGCCCGGGCAUGGCCCACAGCGAGGAGGCGGCGCUGCUCCCCGGGAACCACGUGCACAACGGCUGCUCGGCGGACCCCAAGACGUCGAAGGAGCUGCCCCCGCCGCCGCCGCCGCCGCCGCCGCUGCCCGAGGCCCUGAGCUCGCCGCCGCCCGCCCCACCUGUGCCCAUCGAGGGCGCGGGCUGCGGGCAGCGUCGCUCAUCGUCGUCUGCGGGCAGCACCAAGUCUUUCAACAUGAUGUCCCCAACGGGUGAUAACUCAGAGCUGCUGGCUGAGAUAAAGGCAGGCAAGAGCCUGAAGCCAACACCGCAGAGCAAGGGGCUGACCACAGUGUUCUCGGGCAGCGGGCAGCCAGCCUCCCAGCCUGAGUCACCGCAGCCAUCACCACAGCCAUCGGUGUCACCUGCGCCAUCUCGGCCCAGGAGCCCCACCCCGCCAGCCUCUGGGCCUCAGCCUCUGCUCAAUGGCACCAUAGUGCCAGCACCGCCUGCCACACCGGCACCGGGAGUUCAGCUGGAUGUGGAAGCCCUCAUCCCCACACUUGAUGAGCAGGGCCGUCCCAUCCCAGAGUGGAAGCGCCAGGUGAUGGUUCGAAAGCUGCAGCAGAAGAUGCAGGAGGAAGAGGAGCAGAGGAGGAAGGAGGAAGAGGAAGAGGCCCGGCUGGCCAGCCUGCCUGCCUGGAGACGAGACAUUCUUCGGAAGAAGCUGGAAGAGGAGAGGGAGCAGAAGCGAAGAGAGGAGGAGCGACAAAAGCAGGAGGAAAUACAGAGGGCGAAAGAACAGUCAGAGAAACUGCGGACACUAGGCUACGACGAGGCCAAGCUCGCGCCCUGGCAGCGGCAGGUCAUCCUGAAGAAGGGGGAGAUCCCUAAGUAAUAGGAGUCUCGGCCUCUGUCUGCAGCCGCACAAAUUCUGAGAGAUGGGGAGCGGUCCCCAGCCCCCGCCCCAACCUGUCAGGUUGGUGCGGAAGGGCUGGGAAACUUCCCUUCGGUGCAGGAACCCUCCCUACUCCCCUCCCUGGCCCCACACCCUCAGCCCUGCUGCUGGAGUACUCUCCUAUAGCGCUGCUGUUGCCUGGAAAAAGUGCCCAAGCCGCUGACGAGAAAAAAAAAGAAAAAAGAGAAAAAAGAUGCUGCUUAUUUGCAUGCUCACUUACAUAUAUUUGCAUGUUCAUCAACCCAGCGCUGAGCUCUCCCCAGCCCCGUGGGUGGUGACUUUUCCCGCGGGGCGCAUGCCCUUCUGCAGCCCCUCCCCCGCAGCCCUGAACCGCACUGCCGGCGGCGCAUCCUGGGUGGAGGCCGACCCUGAGCUCGGGGAAGGGGUUUUCCUCCCUCCACGCCCCAGAUCUGCGCUGGCCGGGGCAGCGCUGCAUUUCUCAUCCCCAGCGAGGGCUUCCUCUCAGUCAUUUGUUUACCAGAAAGGAUGAAACUUGCCUGUCGGGGCGGAGCUGCCGCUCCCGAGGGGCCCCUCUUUUACAUCCCCCGCCCCAGCCCCAAUUAAGCCUUCUGAGUCCCCAGCCAGGACCUUCGCUCCCCUGAUCCUUUCACUGCCCCAGUGAUGUGAUGGAGGGCCAGGGACCCUGUUCUGACCACAUCCCCCAACCCCUUCCUUUCCCCAUUAAACCUCUAUCCGCCA